GUCCCACUUUAGUCCACGUCAUGCUAACAGCAGCUUUAAGCUUCUGAGCAUGCGCCUCGCGAGCUCCUUCGAUAUCCAUGAUCCGGAGAGCACCAGUGAACGAUGACAAAGAUGCUACCCGUGUUUUUGGUCCUGGCUCUGUUUGGCCUUGGCUCAGGAGAAGAGGGAGCUCGUCUGCUGGCCUCUAAAUCCCUGCUGAACCGCUAUGCUGUGGAGGGCCGUGAUCUGACCCUGCAGUACAACAUCUACAAUGUGGGCUCCAGCGCUGCCCUAGAGGUGGAGCUGUCGGAUGAUUCUUUUCCCCCUGAAGAUUUUGGAAUUGUUUCGGGAAUGUUGAAUGUCAAAUGGGACAGGAUUGCACCAGCCAGCAAUGUCUCCCACACAGUGGUGUUGCGCCCCCUCAAGGCUGGUUACUUCAACUUCACCUCUGCCUCUGUCAGUUACCUGGCCCAGGAGGGAGGACAAGUUGUGGUUGGAUACACCAGUGCCCCUGGCCAGGGAGGCAUCCUGGCUCAGCGGGAGUUUGACCGGCGCUUCUCCCCACACUAUCUGGACUGGGCUGCGUUCGGCGUGAUGACUCUGCCCUCCAUCGGCAUCCCUCUGCUACUCUGGUAUUCCAGCAAGAGGAAGUACGACUCGCCAAAGACCAAAAAGAACUGAGGAGGCACCACCGGGUUUAAAGCUGGGGACUGGGUGGGAAUAGAAGUGGAAGGCUUCAGUGGGAUCUCUGAAUAGCUUAAUAACCCAUAUUGGGGUUGAAAGAUAAAAGUAAAGUGACCAAGAAACGUAAUUGUGAUUUAAUGAGACAAGCUAUUUGAUUAAAGAGAACUUUGGAUCAGGAGGUAACAGACAAGUCAUGUAAACAGCUUCAGUGUGGUUCCAAUACCACAAGCAUUUACAUGAAAGCUUUUUGUUCUCAUCUACAGCUGAUGGCCUGAACUUCAUCAGCUGCUAGCCAUUCCUUCAGAUUUGCAAAUGGGUUAAUGUGACAGAACAAUUACAAUGGCAGUUACUACUGUAACAGACAUGAAACUUUGUGAUUGUGUACAUAUUGAACUAAAUUCAAGUUUGAAGUUUAUAGCCAGUUGUUCAACAUCAAAAUAAAUUAAUAAAAAGAAGCUGUUUUUUUCUAAA